AUGGAACAGCCCGCUUCUUCCAAGGCCGCAAGAGCAGUCUUUGUGGUCUCGCAGUUGUAUGUGAAGGCAGACAAGACAGAUGCGCUCGAGGAUAUCGUCGAGGAGCUCAAGAUCAGAGACCUGAGCAGGCAGGAAGAAGGUUGCAUGUUCUUCAACGUGCUCCAGGAUGAAGACGACCCCACCAUUGUAUGCUUCACGGAGGGGUGGCGUAGCGAGGAAGCAGCCGACAACCACCUCAAAAGCGAGCACAUGAAGAAACUGUUUGAACUUACGGAAGGGUUCGUGGAAAAGGUCGAGACAAAGCGAAGUGUACAACAAUCGGCGUCGUCUGAUGAUGAAGAGGAGAACGACAAUUGA